UCUACAUCUGCUAGGGCAGCAGAUGUCUCAUCUAGGUCUAGCCCUACUAGGGAUUAUUUUCCCACAGCGUAUGGACGAAGCCCGAGACGAAAAUUGCGCAACAUUUUAAUGCGGCUGCUGGCCUACCUGGCUCAAAUUGCUGGCUUGAGAUGGAGAAUUCUCUCCAAGAAAAGUCUCAAAGUUAUGGCUUGCGACAGUCGUACGGUAGUUGAUCUUCUAGUGCUUCAAAUCGCAGACACAGCUACUUAUGUAGUGCUGCUUCUUUACAAUUUAUACACGACCACUCAGGAUUUUUUUCAAGAAGAUCUGCUCGUUGUAAGAGAAUGAAGAGAGACAGAUGAUUGUUCAAGAGUAGAAAGACAGACUGUACUCGACCUCGAGGAUGACACUGUUGAUAAAUAGUGUUGAUACAUAGUGAAUUUGGUGAUGACAAAGAUACUCUUCACUGAUAUUUUUGCGUAUGUUGCUGAAGAUCAAGAUGAUAUUGCUGGCAAUCUCGCAAUCUCUCUCUAACCACAUCGACAUGAUCGGCUUGAAGCAUCAAGGUGUCAGCAGCAGCUUGUUUCAGCUGCUAAGGCGACCGGAUAUCACAACUCUGUUUCACGAAGUGCCCUGGUUGUAGUUUGGGCACUACUUACAAGUACGGGGCACUACAAGUACAACAACAACAGUCACCACAAGGAGGACGACAAUAUUAUUGACAUACACACACAUUACAAACGGCCAUCCAGCAUUGAAUUCCACUGUUGAAAGUUUGUUGGAAGUUUGUUGUUCU